AUGACUCGGGUCAACAAAAAAGCGAAUUGUGGUGACAUUGCGGAAAUGUUUCACAGGAUCAACAUUCGCGUGGAGGAUAUGCAGGCGCAGCGAUUUUUGUGGUAUGACAAGGGCAGCGACAAAGGAGACACCUAUGUCAUGCGAGCUAUGCCUUUUGGGAUUAGCUGCGCGCCGUUUAUAGCGCACUUCGUUCGAGAUAAGAACGCGGAAACCCACCAAGAAGAGUUCCCAUUGGCCUUAAACGCCAUCCAAAGGGCGCACUACGUUGACGACUUCAUCGAUAGCAUGAGGAACGAACAAGAGGCUAUCCAGAUCACCAGACAAGUCAUAGAAGUCCAUCGCAGAGGCGGAUUUGAGAUCCGUAACUCGUCGUCGAAUUCGGAAGAAGUACUCAAAAGCUUGCAAGAUAAUGGCAACGCUGGAACCCAAAAGCCCGAGGAUUUUUGUGCAACAGAAAAGAUACUUGGCAUGUUCUGGGACCCACAUAAUGAUAUGUUUAAAUUUAUCUGCAGAUUUUCAAGGCUGAAGCGUGAUGUGCUGGCGGAAAACGUAUUCCGCCAACCAAGCGAGAAGUAUUACAAGUUUUGA